AUGGCAUCGAAAAGCCUUCAUUCGACGCUCAGAUCAUCACUAUCAAGGAAAACUUCAUGCCUCCUCAUCAGGCAUGUUGCCAUCACCUCCAGGAGCACUCAAGCUAACGCACAAGUCCCCAUUGGCUCAACCCUCGUCAAGCGACCUUCGCAAUCAUCCCAUCCUGCCACUCGAUCAAUCCCCUCUCAGACCCCUCCUUCGAAACUCUUGCCCGUGGGAGAACCUGUGCAAAGAGCCUUGACUCGGACAAAGAAAAUCCAAACCAAGGAGAAACCUUUAUCAGAAGAAGAGAAAGAGAAUCAGCGAAUUCAGAGGGAAGUAGAACUCACCGCACAACUAGAGAAAUCCUUCAGACCGCCCAAGAUUCUAUUCGAAAAUGAAAAGGUGGUCGUGAUCGAUAAACCAGCUGGAUGUGCGCUACAGGCAGACCCUGGAUCAGAGGCUUACAUUCGAUGGAAGUUAAUCAUGGAUUAUCUCGAAAAAAGACGAGGAAAGCUGUUCAUAGUUCACAGGUUAGACAAAUCAACGACUGGGCCUUUGAUCCUAGCCAAAUCACCCACUGCAUCACGCACGCUUUCGACUCAAUUCAAGAACUCGACCAUCAAGAAGAUUUACUAUGCGGCCAUCCAGUUCUUGGGUGACAGGAUAGGCCCGAUUCAGGAUGCUAAAUCCUCCGGCCAGAUCGAAUGUAGGAUGAGGGACCGGAAUGAUCGGAUGGUGAUUGCGGAAGCUAGCUUGAUUCGCUUCAACGCUGCAUCCGCCACCUCCCUCCUGCCCAUCAAGGACUCCUUCCACCAGGCCGAUCCAUCCUCCCUCAAACAGUUCGGUGUCAAGAUCGCCGCCGAGUUCCUCCACCAUCUCCACCCCGCCGCAAGCCUUAGCUUCCAGCUCACCUCUGCCCAUAUCUCCAAACACACCAGCGUUCUCCACGCCUACUUUGUCCAGACCAUCCCGCUCGGUGAUCUCGAUCACCACCUCAAAGUCCACAACGCUGUCGCCAACCUCAACCUGGAUCUGGACCCCCGAUCGCCCUCCUUUGGACAUGUGCUCAGCCAUAGCGACUCGUUCCAUCCGAUCGUCGAACAUCCCUCCUCAAGCAAUGCGAUCAACUUCCUCAAUGCCUUCGAGGAUCACCAGGACUCUACCUGCGCCCACCUCAAGAAUCAGUUCGAUCGCGUCCUGCGAUCCCUCUCCUCGAGCCAUCAACUACUCAAUCAGCAAGUCAUGGGUCUGUUCUCUGCCCAGUCGAGUCAGCCCUCGGCCGAGGAUGAGAAGAACCUUUUGACCGAUUUCAGUGAGGAUGAGCUCCGCCUGAUUGCCGAGUGUGAGAUGUCGAGCGGCGCGAAAAAGCCCAUUCGCUCUGACAUAGUCGAUCCCAGAAUCGCCCUCGUCAGCUUCCUCACCUUGGCUGCCGACCCAGAGACAGAGAACCACUUGCGCUCCCGAUCUUUGGACGAUUUGAUCCAGUCGAUCGGCAUCGCCAAGAAAGCCCCCUCUUCCUCCUUCCAAGCUACCAGCGACUCGGCCGAAGGGCCUGCUAAAGAUGCCCCGAUCUUCGAGUUAUUCAACGUGCCAGGUGCACUCGGCCCCGACUCGCUUGAUGGUUCAUCCGCGUCUAGAGCUACCUCAGCCGAGCUGGCUUGGUUGAGCGUUGAUGACGAGCAGUCAGACUCCCAAUCCUGCAAACGCGAGCUGAAGAUGGUUUGGAGGUUUGAGUAUCGGAGCAACUCCAACUGGUACGAAUCCUACGUUGAUGCCAGCUCUCCUGGCUUGGUGCCCAUGGUGGUCGAUUGGGUCAAUGACUUCAGACCUACUAGCGAAUUGGCGCCCUCGUACUCUCAGCACAUCGCUAUUCAAACGGCUCUUACUGAGGAGUUUAAACGCCUCCCGACAUCACUCGGAUCCCUUGGUAGGAAUCCCUCGCAGCCCAAGUCCGAGGCGGAUCUUCCCGUCUUACCCAAAGGGGCUACCGAAGAACGACGGUCGGCUUCAUAUCGUGUAUUCCCCUGGUCGGUCAAUGACCCCACCAUGGGCAAGCGCGAGAUUGUUGAGGCUCCCUCCGACCCGGUCGCCUCGCCACUUGGCUGGCAUACCAUCCCACCCACCCAACGUAUAAGUCAACAACGCGACAUCAGUCACUUGUCCGCUGGCUGGUCUCGCCAUCUACCUCACCAUGGGCUUCGAGCUACCGAUAGCCGUGGAAACAACGUCUAUGCGCAAGAAAACUGGGAGGGAUUGGAUAACUGGGAGGCCAACUACCGACCCAACGGUACCGAUGACCUCCAGUUUCACUUUCACUUGGGCUGGAAUCAUACUCAUAGCCCGACUGAGACCCACAUCAAUCCUAAACGGUACAUCGACGCUGCGAUCAGUGAAUUGUUUUUUACGUGUAAUGAAUAUCACGACCUGACUUACCUCUACGGAUUCGAUGAAGAAUCUGGAAACUUCCAACAACACAAUUUCGAUCGAGGCGGCAAAGGUAAUGACGCUGUGAUUGCAAAUGCCCAAGACGGAUCUGGAUACAAUAAUGCCAAUUUCGCUACUCCUCCUGACGGCCGCAAUGGUCGCAUGAGAAUGUAUAUUUGGAAUGGUGCUGAGCCAUGGCGUGAUGGUGAUCUUGAAGCCGGGAUCGUUAUCCAUGAAUACUCCCACGGUGUCAGCAUUCGUUUGACUGGUGGACCGGCAAACAGUGGAUGUCUUGGUUGGGGAGAAUCGGGCGGUAUGGGCGAAGGUUGGGGCGAUUUCUUCGCAACUCUGAUCAGAAUGCACAAAUCGAAGCCGGUUGAUUUUACUAUGGGAGAAUGGGCCAGUGGGGUCAAGGGGGGGAUCCGAAAGUACAAGUAUUCAUUGGACAACAAGAUCAAUCCGGAAACCUAUCAGACUCUUGACAAGCCUGGGUACUGGGGUGUUCAUGCGAUUGGAGAAGUCUGGGCUGAAAUGCUUUUUACUGUUGCUGAAGAGUUGAUUGCGAAGCACGGCUUUCAACCAAGUCUGUUCCCGCCCACGGGCGAGACGGAUGAGGAUGGCUUUUACAAGGUGUCCAAAUUGAGUGGCAAGAAGGUUCCCAAACAUGGCAACACGUUAAUCUUCCAACUGGUGUUGGAUGGAAUGAAGAUCCAACCCUGUCGCCCCGGCUUCUUUGAUGCCCGUAAUGCGAUCUUGGAAGCCGACUCGAUCUUGACUGGGGGUGAGAACCAGUGCGAGAUUUGGAAAGGAUUCUCUCAACGUGGCUUGGGACCCAAGGCCGCCAUCAAAGGAAACACUCCUUGGGGCGGCGGUAUUCGUACCGAUGAUUUUUCUCUUCCCCACGGUGUUUGCGAACCUUGA